AUGCAUCGGCCAUUAUCCACCCUGGACACUGGUUCAGUCUUGGUUCCCAUGUCCUUCUCUCCUUCAUCCACAUCAGGUGUCCUCCUCAGAGACUGCACCUUAGGUGACACUGUAGGAGCUCAAGAAUGGAUCGCGCGAGAGCUAGGUAGAAUUAGGGAAGAUACCAAGCCAAGACAUUGCCGUGACUAUGAAGCAUUAUUGCAAGUAAUUGAAGAGAUGAGCCGAUAUGUACCAGCAUUGUCGUCUACAUCUAACUCGCCCACCACCACCACCGCCAGCAGUAAUGCUAAUAAACCAUCCUUUCAGCUGCCAGCGUCAUCCACUCAUCACACCGACAGCGAUAUGGGAAAUACGACUUUUGAUGUAUCCAUCUCAUCGACCUCUGCGCCACACCAAUCAUCGUCCACAAAUAAUAAGCCAACAACGUUGUUGCGAUUUAACGACUUGGAGGUGGCUCUUGUACACAUUAUCCAGUACAACCAACGCUGUGAUCUCGAUACGAGUAUAGCCGCCGCCAACUUGCCGGAUGCAUCAUCGUCAUCAUCAUCAUCAUCAUCGUUUUCGCAUCCUGCUCGCCUUUUGCAGACAUUGGAUAAGCUAUACACCAUGCGUGGAAAUAAUGGUGGUAGUAUUGGCAAUCCAUUGGCUGCACAACAACAUUUAUUUUCUAUCUUAUUUGGUGAGGUGCGUUUGACAUCUCAACUUGUUGCUCAAUGGGGUAUCGUAUGUCAAUGGGCCAAACAGCUAUCAGGGACACAGGAUUGGCAUGGCUGGAUGAACUUUGGCUUAGAUGCCUAUGCCAAGGCGAAGCAACAAUGUAGCACCACCACCACCGGUAAUGAUUCAUCUACAGCAGAUAUACAAAGCCCCACCAAGAGCGCAUCAAGUUCUUCAAGCUCCAACACAUCCACGAACCGAGAGCAUCAAAGAAUGAUAGAGCAACUUCCAAUGCUUUUGUACAAUACGCAUUUGGUGGAAGAAUACCAGGCUUAA